ACCCAAAAGUUUCUUCAUCGCCCGAUAAAUUGUCGUCGGCGCAAAUCCUCAGAAAUCUUCCAUUCUUCGUUACGCCUCUGAGCGCCAAGAAAGGUGGGAAGAAGGAGAGGAAGGAGAAGACGGCUCGAUCCAGCGGGACGAAUUCCUCGAAAGUAAUGGCGGCGGAAGAGUUGAAAUCGUCUUCGGCUCCCGAGACUGACGAGCAUCCGGCAAGUUGCGUCAUCAACCCUGGUCCUGACGGCGACUCGGACCCGGAAGAGGGGGAAAUCGUCGGGGAAGUGGAUUCCGCGGAGAGCAAAGGGGCGGUGGCGAAUCAGCCCCACCCGCUCGAGCACUCAUGGACCUUCUGGUUCGACUCCGGCUCCUCCAAGACGAAGCAGGCGGAAUGGGGCGCCUCGAUGCGUCCGAUCUACACUUUCUCCACCGUUGAAGAGUUCUGGAGUCUCUACAACAACAUACAUCACCCUAGUACAUUGGCUGUUGGAGUGGACUUAUAUUGCUUCAAUCAUAAGAUUGAACCAAAAUGGGAGGAUCCUGUGUGUGCUAAUGGAGGGAAAUGGACUGUGAACUUCAAUAGAUAUAAGUCUGAUACAUGCUGGCUCUACACGCUGCUGGCAAUGAUUGGGGAACAAUUUGAUCAUGGAGAUGAGAUUUGUGGAGCAGUUGUCAAUGUCAGGGGAAAGCAGGAGAGGAUCUCUCUUUGGACAAAAAAUGCUUCAAAUGAAUCUGCCAUGGUGAGUAUUGGGAAGCAAUGGAAGGAGUUCCUCGAUCACAAUGAGACCAUCGGAUUUAUCUUCCAUGAUGAUGCUGAAAAAUACGCCAAAAACGCCAAGAAUCGUUACACGGUGUGAGCUCUCCUCGAUCUCGUGUUAACUUUCUUUGAGAUGGCAGGGGUUCUUUUCCAGAGCAGCUGCAGAUGGGGAGUCUGUUAGAGUAGGGAACUUAGUUGACCAGACAGUGGGAAACCGCGGUGGAGACUGUCACCUUGUCUUGUAGUUUAAAUAGAUCGAAGUGCCUACUGGCCGAUACACUUCUAUUACAAGACUGGAUUACAGUGAAGAAGAGAGUGAUAUUAGAGUUUGCCUUUUGAUGUCUUCUUUUGCUGCUACUUUUUACGUAUCGAUGAUGAUUGAAUAAACGAUUGCUGCUGAUGCCGAUGUUGCAGAAGAUAUAGUAAACAAAUGGGAAAUUCUCUCUAA